UUCAACCUUCAGUUGCACCAUCCUCUCUAGCUCUUCUUCAUGACCCACAAAUUCUUAGUUUAGCUCGCACACUUUAUCACUCGCAGACUGUGUAAAAGCUAUCCAACUCUCUCACUACAAAACUUUACGACAAGUGUCCGUCAAUCUAGACUAAAUGCCUUGAAGCCAUCAACCGCUUUAUCCACACGAAAUAUCUGUUGUGUUCAAGGGACCUCAUCGCCUUCAGGAUUCAUAUCCAUGGAGAAAUUCUCGAAUGGAUCCCCACAUUUGUUCUCAACAAUGCCGGGUUCAAGAAUGAGUUGCACAAGGAUCUGCACGAGAGAAUUACACUUGCAGGAGCAAUCGCGAGGCCAACCUGGUCACUUUUUUCGUCUACCCGGAAGCUUGGAGUAUCGGAAUCAAUCGGAGCCAUGGCCUUAGUGACGAUGCCCCUUGUUGGCGUGAGGCAUUCCCAGUGGUAUCUCUGCCAUGGGCACUCUGCCAUGGUAGAGCACCACCAGCCUCUGGAGCAUUGCAAUAAGCCUGCGCUCGUGCCUGCUUUCUCUGUCAUCUCCACCAGCUUGAGUGGGCGUUUACAUAUAGCGUGUGCCGAUCGAAGUUAUGGCUUCUCAAGCAGAACGAACAAGAAGGACAAUCGUGUAUUCUCCAAGUUCUCUCAGCUGGAGGAUGGAGAAUACUCAACAAUUCAAUUGCCUGGUCAAUUGUCACCUUCCAGGUGUUUUGUAGGAAGACUCCUUGAGAAGGCUCUCUUAGUACUUCUGAAGUCUCAGUUGGAUGAUUGCGGGGACUUGAAUGUGGCUGUGGGCGGGAGCAAUUGGGACCUCUUAAGAGGCAAAGUGAAAAGGAUCGAAGUUUCUGCCAAGAAAGCAGUUUACAAGGGCAUUGUUCUUAGCGAGGUGGGCUUAGCAGCUUCUAAUGUUCGAGCCAAACUUGGGAAGAAUAGGCUGUUCCAGCAACCGUUUAUUGUACAUGCUAAUAUCCGGGUUCGGGAGCAGGACUUCAAUACAAGUCUCACAAGUUCCAUUUUGUCAAGUUCUCUCAACGACAUCCUCCCUCGGUAUUCCCAAGCAAUUCAAGUGCAAUAUGAUAAUGGAAAUUUGCGAUUUUCGAGUUCAGACAAGCAAUCUGGUAGAUAUGGUGAACUGAAGUAUCCUAUCACAGUUAGAGUAGACGUGGAGGAGAGUGGUGAAGUCAUCUCCAUUGAGGCGUCCCAAUCUGCCUCUUCUAAAAUGACAUUUAAGGUUGGACCUGAAGUCAAGAUUACCGACUUUCAAGUAGGCAGCUCGUGGUUGUUACUUACAGGAGAGUUUCUGGUUACGCCCUGGUGAUGUAGUUAUCUGGGCAGCACUUUAGAUGGUGAAAUCUCUUGUUAGUUCUUUUAUAUUUGCUGUUCGUAACUUUUUCAACAAUUGCGACCUGGGCUAGGAAAGUGAAGCCCUCAAGCAUAGCUCCACCAAGGUAAACGAUGUAUCAAGAUCGGGCUCCUACUGAGCGAACGAUAUGGUGCAGUGUAAUUUCUAAAUGCCAUCUCUUUUGUUGGAGAAACAAGGUAUCACAGCUGUUAAGCUUGUAAAAUGCUCAGGAAUAAUGCACUUAAUCUUCUAUGAA